CUUCGCGAGACCAGUAGUAAUUCCUUCUGGAAGAUCAAAGCCUCAGUGUCGCGCUAACAUAUUUUGGUGAAGGUCGUGAGUUCUUCUUGUACUCCACAAUGUCUCUGGCUAAGCCUGCAAUGCGAGGACUCCUCGGGAAGCGUCUGAGGUUCCACCUGCCCAUCGCCUUCGCCCUGUCAGUGGUGGCUGCAGCAGCUUUCAAGUACGGCGUAACAGAACCAAGGAAACAGGCCUAUGCCGAUUUCUACAAACAUUAUGAUGCCACAAAGGAGUUCAACAACAUGAGGGAAGCUGGUAUUUUUGAAAGUGUCAGGCCAACUGGUGAAUAAACCCUGUUGCAUUCCUGGUCUGAUGUUCCUGCUCUGUGAUUGACUGAUCGAACAUUGCUGUUAUGUUCUCAUAAAUAAACUAUUCUCUCUA